AUGUUCAAAUCGCUCGGAAAGAUGAUGGGGGGCUCGUCGAAGAAGGGCAAGUCAAAGACGCAGGACGACGACGCCGCCACCGCCGACGCCACCAACGGGCAGCACGCGGCGGACGGGCCCCUGUCGCGGGCCAGGAGCAAAGAGUCGAUCGCCAACCAGUACGAGAACGGCAACAGCGCAUCCCAGAGCUCCAACCUCAGCGCCGCCAACGCCGGCUCGUCGGGGCCCGGGCCAGCCAAGAUCGAGAAGCGCGGGGGCGCGCCGCCGGGCAUCCCCACCACCCAGACCAUCCUGGCCAACCCGAUGGGCGGGAGCAUGUCGGCGUCGGCCAGCUCGACGGGCGGCGGCGGCAGGUCCAACGCCGGCGGCUCGUCGCAGGCGGGCGGCGACCAGGUGCGGACCUUUGACAUUGACGACAUGAUUUCGCGGCUGCUCGAGGCCGGCUACUCUGGCAAGAUUCCCAAGCCGGCGCUCAAGAAUGCCGAGAUCACGGCCGUGUGCCAGGCGGCGCGCGAGGUCUUCCUCAGCCAGCCGACGCUGAUCGAGCUCAGCCCGCCCGUCAAGAUUGUCGGCGACACCCACGGCCAGUUCCACGACCUGCUGCGGCUGUUUGAGAUGUGCGGCUUCCCGCCCAGCGCCAACUACCUCUUCCUCGGCGACUACGUCGACCGCGGCAAGCAGAGCCUCGAGACGAUCCUGCUGCUCCUGUGCUACAAGAUCAAGUACCCGGAAAACUUUUUCCUGCUGCGAGGCAACCACGAGUGCGCCAACGUCACGAGAGUCUACGGCUUCUACGACGAGUGCAAGCGGCGGGUCAACAUCAAGAUCUGGAAGACGUUUAUCGACGUCUUCAACACGCUGCCGAUCGCGGCCGUGGUGGCGUCCAAGAUCUUUUGCGUGCACGGCGGCCUGUCGCCGUCGCUGUCCAACAUGGACGACAUCCGGCGCAUCGAGCGGCCCACCGACGUGCCCGACUACGGCCUGCUCAACGACCUGCUGUGGUCCGACCCGUCCGACACGGCGCUAGACUGGGAGGACAACGAGCGCGGCGUCAGCUACUGCUUUGGCAAGGCCGUCAUACAGCAGUUCCUGGCGCAGUACGACUUUGACCUCAUCUGCCGCGCUCACAUGGUCGUCGAGGACGGGUACGAGUUCUGGAACGAGCGGACGCUCGUCACCAUCUUUAGCGCGCCAAACUACUGCGGAGAGUUUGACAACUUUGGCGCCGUCAUGAGCGUAUCCGAAGACCUGUUGUGCGCCUUUGAGCUUCUCAAGCCGUUGGACGGUGCCGCCUUGAAAAAGGAGAUGGCCAAGAACAAGCGACGCAGCAUGAUGCAGCACCAGUCUCCGCCGGCGCGCGUCACGCAGCAAUCCUUCUGA